AUGACAGACCCCAAACCAACCCGCCAACUACACCUAACAGCAUUCAUGCGCCCAGUCUCCCUCCACACAGGAGCCUGGCGCUACCCAAACUCCUACCCAGACGCAAACUUCAACCUCAAACACAUAAUCCACUUCGCGCAAAAGCUCGAAGCCGCCAAAUUCGACGCCUUCUUCAUGGCAGACCACUUAGCCGUCCUAAACAUGCCCGUCGAGGCCCUCAAACGCAGCCACACAGUGACAUCCUUCGAGCCCUUCACCUUGCUCUCAGCCCUCUCGGCCGUAACCGAGAAAAUCGGCCUGGCCGCAACAGCCAGCACGACCUACGAUGCGCCGUACCAUGUUGCACGGCGCUUCGCCAGUUUGGACCACCUGAGUAAUGGGCGGGCAGCGUGGAAUAUUGUCACGACCGGGAAUCCGGAAUCGAGCCAUAACUUUGGUUUUGAUGAGCACAUGACACAUAGUGAUCGGUACAAGCGUGCGCGCGAGUUCUACGAUGUGGUUACGGGGCUUUGGGAUAGUUUUGCGGACGACGCGUUUACGCGGGAUGUUGGGAGUGGGGAGUAUUUUGAUCCGGCGAAGAUGCAUGUUUUGAAUCAUGUUGGGGAGGAGUUGAAGGUGCGUGGGCCGUUGAAUAUUGCACGGCCGCCGCAGGGUUGGCCGGUUAUUGUGCAGGCUGGGCAGAGUGAGCCUGGGAGGCAGCUUGCUGCUGAGACAGCUGAGGUUGUUUUCUGUAGUCCCAAGGAUAUUGAGGGGGCUAAGGUGCUUUAUGCUGAUAUUAAGGAGCGGGUGGUGAAGGCUGGGCGGGAAAGGGAUCAUUUGAAGAUAUUGCCUGCUGCGCUGAUUAUUGUUGGGGAUAGCAAGCAGGAUGCGCAGGAGAAGAGGCUUCAGUUGGAUAGCUUGGUACAUUAUGAUAGUGCACUUGCGUCUUUGUCGGUUUCUCUUGGGGUUGAUGUGAGUGCUUUUGAUCCCGAUGGUCCUUUGCCGCCGGACCUGCCUGAGACGAAUGCGAGCAAGACGAGCAGGGAGGGUGUUGAGCUGCUGGCUAAGAAGGAGGGCUUGACCAUUCGCCAACUUGCGCAGCGGUAUGGCGGGUAUUCAGGGUUGGCUUUCCUCGGCUCGCCGAGUGAUAUUGCUGAUGAGAUGGAGACCUGGUUGCGGGAAGAAGCCUCAGAUGGCUUCACUUGCACAUUCCCUUUCUUGCCUCAGGGUCUGGAAGAGGUGACGGAUAGGCUGAUUCCAGAGCUGCAACGGAGAGGUCUGUUCCGCAAGGAUUAUACGGGGUCGACGCUGCGUGAACACUUUGGUUUGCUCAGACCGGAGAAUCGCUUCUUUAGCGAAGCAUAA